AUGGAGUUUUCUAUUGCACCAGCAGUGGGAUCUCAUCUUGAUCCGGGAGACACCAACUCCGGCCUGGCAAUCGAGGGCCCCCGUGGGGAGUGUAUCACGACACCUUCCCAAUCUCAAGCUUUGGCCCGCGAAGGUAUCCAGAAAGCGUCGAGCACUCUCUCGCUGCCCGUGCAUAUAUCUACAGACGGAAAUUUAGAUGAACGAUGUCUUUCGCUGCCAACGGCAGAUAUGCUAACAGCCCAUGACUUUUCAAUAAAUGUCUCCCCUCUGGCUGAUCACCUCCUGCAUUUCGAUGCCACAAACUGGCUUUUAGAUGAGAAUUUUGUCGAUGUUGGGGGCGGGGAUUUCAAUUGGAAUGAACCGCAUGAUAUCCACGACCAGCCUUCUUCGGGCCUGUCACAUUUGCCUUUCGCCAGGGAGAACAAUAACUCUCCAGCUGUACUAGACCUGGGGCCGGUAUGGUAUGUUCAGGUCCAUAGUACUGUCCAUGAUAUUCCAGACGACAGUCACGGAGUAGGAAGGCAGGUCAUUAAUGCCAUGAGGGGAGAGAUCGACGAGAUUUACCGCACAAAUAUGGACGAAGAACUCCGUGCACCGCUGCGUAACGACCCACUUCCAUCAAUUGAUUUCCUGAACCUAUGUAUUCAUUUGUUCUUUACGCGCUCCAACAUCGCAUUACCUCUCAUACAUGGCCCAACCUUCAAACCGAGCGUAAACAAUAUUCUCGUCGUCCUAACCAUGUGCUGCACGGGGGCCAUGACCAUGAUGUCAGAUAAGGCUACGCGGAUAGGGUUGACACUUUUCGAACGCAUAAUCAAAUCUGGGAAUGGGCGCUCGUGGGAGAAACGACUCUCUGGAGAGCCGCACCUCAUGCGAGAAACUAUAAAAGGGGCAAUAAUCGGGCAGAACUUUGCAAUAUUGUCGUCCGACCCCGCCCACCGUACCAUCGCGGAUGCCUAUCUUGGAAGCCUUAUUUCGCUUGGACGCCAUGUAAAGCUUUUUGCUGAAUUCCCUGAAGUCGAUGUCCCGGACACGAUCUCGCCAGAAGAACUUCUCAAAGCAUGGAAGCAGUGGGUUCUUCAUGAAGAGAUGAAAAGGGCGGCGGUAACUUUGCAUAUCCAUGAUGCCGAGAUUGCCGCUCUCUUCCACCACGAACCAAUUUUUCGCCAUCCAGCUCGUCGUCUGCCUAUCAUUGCGCCUGCAGACUUGUUCCGAGCGCCAACGGCGACGAUAUGGGCGACGAAGUACAGGGCAUACCGGAAAAGCCAACAACAGCAAGCGGGAUUACAGCCGAAUGAAGCCAGCUUAGGCUCCCACGAGCGUGUCAGACCCCAGAACUGCGGGUUUGAAGGCAACAUAAGCAACCCGUCAAUGUUCAAUUCUUGGGCCGCGCUAUCCGGGAUUGGUGCCUCUAUCAGCGAAUCUCGAGGCUUAAACCUGCUCUCGUCACAGCGCAUCAUUGAUUUGGAAGCUGACCUUGUGAGGUGGUACAGCUCGAAUACAAAUUGCUGUAGGGCACAACAUUGUUGGAAAGGCAAGCAGCCCGAACUUCCAUUCUGCCUAAAGCCGCUUUGGCACCAUACAUUCAUGACUCUGGCUGUGGAUCUGGACCUUCUGGGAUUGGCCUCAGGAAGGCAAGGAAGCAAAAUCUCUGCUACCAUACAAGCUCAGGUCGGAGCUUGGAUCUCGUCCGCAGAUUCAAAACGGUGCCUUCUCCACGCUCUGUGCUUGCAAACGUUGGUCGCGUCCACAACUAUAGAUUCUGCCGUCGCCAAUCACACAGCAAGAAUCCUGUUCUCGGUUGCUCUUUGUUGGUAUUGUUAUCUGCUCUACCUACCAUGGUCCACAGCCUCUUCUCCUUCUAACGCAUCCAUGUCGCUUGACGAAACGUUCGAGUACUUGAUGGGACUUCCAGAGUUUCGGCUCCUAAGGGAGGAAAGGUGCCCUUCGGGGCCAUUUCCGAAUAUCCUCGGCCAGGCGAUCUCGGAUCUGAAAAGAAUCCUCAGAGCAAAUACUGCAGAGAUGAAAGCCAGCACCUUAUGUGUUCUCGAGUCGACUCUCCGACGCCUCGGAACAAAUGGCAUCUCGCGGCAAUUCGCGGACAUCAUUCAAGCCUUCGUCACUGGGGAAACUCAAUGA